AUGUCUUGUUUAUUGCUAACAUCCAAUAGAUCGUAUUUCAAAUUGUCUUUCUACACCAUAUAUCGUUAUCUAUCAACGAUUGAACGUAUUAAUUAUGAACAUAGAUUACUUUCAACAUCUCAAUCGAAUCUUCGGUGCAACGUAACGCAAUAUCCGCUUAGGAUCCAUUACGAGCAAAAACGUUUCGUCACACUACACGUGCCAGGAAUUGAUCAAAAGUCGUCAACGCCAAGAAAAUAUGAUACUAAGGCGCCGUUACGAUUUCCCCCGGGCAAACCGAAUGAUAAGCCAAAACUUGAACAUUUACGUUUUAUUGAAGAACAGCUAAAACUAAUUUUACCGGAUUUUUGUAAACGAAUGCACCCAUAUGGUCUGUACACAGCUGAUCUUAUUUUCGAAAAUUACUAUGACAAUCCACCCAAAGUCAUCAAAGGAGUAGGUGGUUAUGCGCUCGCCAUGUUCUGGAUUCGAACAAAGCUAAAUUUUAAAUUGAUGAAUGUCACUGUACAUUUGCUAAACACAACGAUUGAUGAAGAAUCAAACUGUGUUAAAGUCCGAUGGCGAAUUUCCGGUCUAUCCAAUAAAUCAUUUGUUGGAGUUCUCAAAGGCUGGAGAAAACCAAGAGAUGUAUCUGGAAACAUUCGUGAUUAUAUUGAACAUGUCGAUGGUCUGUCCACGUUUUAUGUUCGAGGUGAUGGUCGAAUUUACAAGCAUCGAGUCGAUCGAGUCAUGGUUGAUGAAGACAAAGAACCAGCAUCAUCAGUAUUGAAUAAGAAGAAAUUAGCACCUAUUAACUUAUUGUAUUUUAUAUCUAUAUAUAACUCAUCAGACAGACCUCUAUGGCAGCACAUCGCGCAAGAGAUGCUGCUCGGCAGCUAA